AUGGCCUCUUCAACCAACGUCGUGGCAGCUCCCAUCUACAGAGCUCCAACCACGACCUACCUAAGGAGUGCGAAGCGUCAAAGACGACAGCAAAAUUCGUGUCAAGCCUGUCGUCGUAGCUUCAGAACCAACCAGGACAAGGUCCACGCGGAAGAUGACGAUGGCUCUACUACUGUCAGGGGAGAGCUCACUCCAACUCCAACCAUCAUGUCUGAACACCCAGACUCCACGGAUGGAUGA